ACGAUAAAUUGAUUGCAGUGCGAAUCAGAGUGAAGAAUAGAUUGUAAAACUCAACUGUCGUCAAUCCUGAUAAUAUUUGCGCAACAAAUUGUUUUUCUGGGAAUAUCAAGUUUCGUUCAACUUUAAAUGCUCAAUAUUUAGUUUGAAACUUACAGAGCAUUCAGAUUGUAUGUUGAUAUAUUAGAAAAUUUUGUUGUUGUUUCGUUUCGUUUUGUUGCAAAUAAAAGAAAUGUCGAAAAUUGAAAAUAAUGAUUAUGUGUCGAUCACAUGUACACAAACCGAACCAACCGACAACGCUGAAGAACAUGAAUGGGUAUCAAAAGAAACAAGAUAUCCAGAUGGCACAGUAAAACUACGAAAUCCCAAUAUCGAACUCAUGGAUCAGGAUAUUCUUUACCAUUUGUCACUCGGUAGCAGAAGUCAUGAUUUGAUCGAAAUGUUUGGCGAUGUUAAGUUCGUUUGUAUGGGUGGCACACCAAAACGAAUGGAAACUUUUGCUCAUUUCAUCAUGGAUGAAAUUGGCUAUAAACUACCAACCGGCACACAAUUGUCAGAUAUCAGCGCAUUUUCCAAUCGAUAUUCAAUGUACAAGGUUGGACCAGUAUUAUGUGUCAGUCAUGGUAUGGGUGUUCCUUCGGUCGGUAUAUUGUUACACGAAAUGAUAAAAUUAAUGUAUCAUGCAAAAUGUAAAGAUCCAAUCUUCAUUCGUAUUGGUACAUGCGGUGGAAUUGGUGUUGAAGCCGGCACUGUCAUCAUCACUGAAGAUGCAAUAGAUGGCCUAUUCCGUAGCACUUUUGAACUGCCAAUAUUAGGUAAACUAGUACAACGGCCCACAAAAUUGGAUAAGAAAUUGGCUCGUGAAUUGAAAAGUUUAUGUGAUCCAGCGAAUGAUCUAUACACUACGGUUAUUGGAAAAACAAUGUGCACUGAUGACUUCUAUGAGGGUCAAGGACGGUUGGAUGGUGCGUUCUGUGAUUAUAAUGAAAAUGAUAAAAUGGAGUAUUUGGCAAAAUUACAUGAUUUUGGUGUGAUUAACAUUGAAAUGGAAUGUACCAUUUUUGCUGCACUUACAUAUCAUGCGGGCAUUCGUUCGGCCAUCGUUUGUGUUACACAUAUAGAUCGAUUGAAGGGUGAUCAGGUCAAUACCCCGAAGGAAGUGAUGUAUGAAUGGCAAAAGCGCCCGCAAGUGUUGGUUUCCCGUUUGAUUAGAAAACAUUUGGAAUUGGAUAAUACAAUGAAAAAAACCACUGAUAGCCAAUAGAUAGAUCUGUUCACCAAGACGCUUUAAACUAGUUCAACAAGAGUCCGAAACUCACGAAUAGAUUCGACAAUCGUUUAACAAUUUCAAUCACUAUAAAUAUACACAUACAUAUUUUUGUUGUUAAUAUUCACUUUUUGUCUAUUACAAUUCAAAAUAAAAAGGAACUUACAUCCGUAAGGCGAACUUUUUUGCACUGUU